AUGCCGACAAGGAAGGCGCCUUGGAGAUGCACGAGAUGCUCCUGCGUGUGCGGUCCAUCACCGACCUUGGCCGCACUGCCCUCAUCACCCGGGCGACGCUGUUCGCCGACAAGGCGGGGCUCUGCCAGGGCUGCGACUUCGCGGUCGGCUACGACACCUACCGGCGGAUCGUGGACCCGAAGUAUUCGAGGGGCAGCGCCGCAGCCCGGAGGUGGCGAGCGAGGACCCCCAGGGCGCCACGCCUGGGUGACAGGCGCCCUGCGGCAGCUGGUCGCCUCGGGCGUGCGGGUGGCGGUGGCCGGCCGGCUCGACGGUGACCGCUUCCGCACGCUAUCCUCGGACCCGGCGUUCGAGCUGCCCGCGGACCUCGAGGACGGCCUCUUCGUGCAGAUCCCAGACUUCCGGAACGACGUCUCGUCCACGGAGAUCCGGCGGCGAUUGGCGAAAUGA